UGACGUUUUUUUGUUUGUUUUUUUUCCCUAACAUCCUUUGGUCGGCCACCAUUUUGGGAGUCAAAACACCCAACAAACAGCCGCACACACCUCCCACGCGUCUCCGUAGCCCUACUAUGGUACACACAUGUGUAGUAGCAGGCUGUAGGAACAGAAGGACGCCCGGCACCACCUUAUCUUUCUACCGUUUCCCCCGGGACCCUGAGCGGAAGCAACGCUGGAUAGCUGCCGUGAACCGAGAGGGCUGGGUGCCUAACGACGGCAGUCGGCUGUGUAGUAGUCACUUCAUCUCAGGUAAACAGGUGAAGAAUCCACGUUCGCCAGAUUAUGUUCCUUCUGUGUUCACUGCAGUUCCCUUAUCCUCUAAGAUGAAGGAGCCAGGUGCCUUAGAGGUCCCAGACAAGCAGGAGGCCCACGUGGAGGCGGCCAACGCCUUGCUGUUCCUCCAGGGCCAGGGCAGGUCCACUGCAGAUGAUCCAUGUCAGGAGGAGCGUACUGAGGAGAGGGAGCAGGAGGCUGUCGGAGAGGAGAGUUCAUCAUCUUCCCUUAGUGCUGACGAAGAUGACGACAGCGAUGAGGAAUCUGUGAGUGACUGUAAGAAAGGAAAGUUUGCUCAGACAUCCGAUGUGUCAGUUAACUUUGAUGACAUUCUGAAAGCAUUGAAGAAGGAGAACCAGACUCUCAGGGAGUCUGUGGAGAAAAUGUCACUUUCUGAGAACUCUCUGAGGAACGACGCAGAGAAGGUAAAGUUUUACACUGGUUUACCCAACUACUUUGUCUUAGAGACUGUCAUGUGGCUGCUGUCACCUCACAUGGACAGAAUGAGGAACAUGAAGCUCUCAAAGUUCCAGCAGCUUCUGAUGACACUAAUGCGUCUUCGUUUAGACCUCCGCAAUCAAGACCUCGCCUACCGUUUUGGAGUCAAAGUUGCCACGGUAACCAGAACAGUACAUCAGAUGAUCAACAUCAUGUCUUCCACUCUGGUGCCGACAGCUGUCUUCUGGCCUUCCAGGGCUGAACUCCGGAAAAAUCUCCCAGCAGCUUUGUGCAGCUCCCACCCAGACUGCGCUGUCAUCAUAGACUGUUUCACAGUGCCUUUUGAGGAGCCGGUUUCCCUAGGCAACCAACAGCAACAACAACAGAGGGUGCUUCCAAGCUCUCAGGGGGUGGGGUCAAGUUAUAAUGUGUUGAAGUAUUUGAUUGGUGUGGCUCCACAAGGAGUUGUCACUUUCGUCUCCAGGGGUGUGCUGGGAAAUGCGAGUGACAAGAGUCUGGCUGAGGGCUGUGGAUUUCUGUGCAAACUUCUCCCAGGUGAUGUUGUAUUGGCGACUCGGGACCUGGACAUUGGUGAGUCUGUAGCGGCCCGGGGAGCCCUGUUUAAAAUUGCUGGCAACUGCCAAGAAGAGACCUGUGGGAGACCAGAGGGCUCACCACUGGCUGAUACAGACUCUGAGACAGUGAAUGUGCAGAGGCAUGUGGAGAGGGUAAUCUCCAUGGUGAAGAAGAGGUACGCCAUGCUCACAGGCCCUGUUGAGAGCUCCUUCACCACAACUUCCGAGCGCACGUCAAACCUCUCAAUCUUUGAUAAGAUUGUGCAAGUUGCUUGUGCCUUAAACAACCUGUGCAUCUCUGCUGCUCCGCUUGAAUGAUUAGAACAGAAUAACCUUCUUAAUACUCUUCUACUUCCUUGUACUGCUUUGGUCUUUUCUCCCUGGACUCCAUCUAAAUCCACAUGGCAACAUUACAUAAUUUCUACAAAAUAUGAUUUACACAUACUUUCUCUAAUUUCUGUCACUCUCCAUUAUCUAGGUAUUUUUAAUCUAGGCUAUAGCAACAGUUCUUCCCAGCUUAGAAGCCUUGUUUUUGAGAUGUAUGGUCGCUAAGUUAUGCAACUCAACUCACAAAGAAUGGUAGAUUUGCAAAGAAUUUAUUUUUGAGGUUGUGUAUGACAAAGAAAUGUCUUCAUUGCUCUUUUGUGAAUACUGAAAAGGGCAAAACUCAGUCUGUUUUUCCAUGUCGAACAAACACUACUGCAUUGUAAUAAAACUGAUAACAUCCUCUUUCUGUUGCAGAAAAAGAUGAUAAAUCAGCUCUUGGUUGCUUGUAAAGGGGGAGCAGCUCAUGUAAUAUUAAAAUAUAUAUGGCACGUCUUAAAGUAACAAGAACAGUAUCACACCUAGAAUCAAGGUUAACCAACUGCUGGUGAGCAACAGAAACAUGGACAUUUCUUGACCAAUUCAACUUCUAUGUCUGCAGACAUACCACAGGCCAAUUUAGUACCUUUUUAGCCAAGUCUGGUAUUAAUCAACUACCACAGUUAGUUACAGUCCACUUCCUGGAAAGUUACCCAUCUGUGCAUUUUAGAUAUUUUCUUAAUUAAGCUAGAAUGCAUGUAUUAAUUAAAUGGAAAGAUUUAAGUGAAAUAGCACCCUUAUUUAUUUUUUUUUUUUAAGUUAUCUUUUGUUGUCCUCAAUUUUCAGUGCCUUAGUUUAUAAAGCUUUUUACAAAUGUGCCUGCAUUUCCUACAGGUAUUUAUUUUUGGCACCUUACAAUAUGCUUCAGACCCUCGUCUGGUCUGGUACUUGAGUCAGAGAUAAGGAGUCAGAACUCAAAUGAAACAUCUCAUAUAACCCCACCAAGCUUUUUGCAUAUUGAAAGGGAUUUUCAAACAUCCACCAUUUAUGUGAAUAUGUCUAAAGAAACCAAGCGGUUAUAGUCAUGCAUAUCACAGAGACUUUUGUGUUUUGGUUCAGUCUAAAAUGAGUUGGAACUCUUUCCAUUCAGGUUGUGAGUUUUAACAUGUGUUGCUUCAGUCUUAACCAGCAUUGAGUUCAAAAUGUGCCUUCUGUUCUCAGGCACGUCCAAAGAUGGCUGUACGUCCUUUCUGAGCAGUUAUAUUUCUGUUCACUUGUAACCUAUGCACAAAUUUUACCCCUCCACCUGCAAUGCCUGUUUAUCUGUCAAGGUUACAUUUCUGUUUUCAUUUGAAUGCUGUUAUCUCAUGUAGGUCUUUAAAUCAGAGACUUGUCUUUAAUCAGCAGUAAUGUAGAUGUUUUUUUUUCCUCCUUGAUGCAUGUGUUUUUGAUGAAUAGAUAUGGCUCCUUUUCUCAUUAUUGACUCACCAAACUGAUGUCUGCAAACUGGAAAACACUUAUUUCUAAAAAUGGGAAAUCACUCCCUCUGAUAGCAACAACUGUUGUGUACUAUGGGGUUGUUAUCAGAUGAAACCAAAUGCCUGUGUUAUUAAAAAAUAUUUGUGAUUUCAGUGUUUGUUAAAUCUGUUGUAUUUUAACAUGAGCACCAUUUGUCGUUUUGUUUCUACAUAAAUAAAAUAAUUUAAGUUUAGGAUACUUGCAAAACCUGGCCGAUAUAUAAUGUGGCAUCCUUCUAAAAAUAAAUAGAAGAUGAAGAAGAUUUUUGUUGAAAAUGAAUGAAAUGUGUUAAGAGAGACACUGGUUAAUGUCUGUUCUCUUACACCACCAUGCUGUUUGUCUUUAUGCUACAGUUACAUGUGCUUCCAUGUUGAGUAACCUGUAGAAGUUUCUACCGUAAUAUGGAUUCAAUAUGGAUUAAUUUAAGUUUAGGAAAUGCAACAUCCCUUUGCUGGUUCCUCAACACUUAAAACCUUUUAGUUUAGUGACGUUAGUACCAUCUAACUCUGUUAUAACUUUAUGACUAUGGGGUUGGAUUUCCUCUAACACUCAUUAAAUUUAACGCUUUUUAAAUGAACACUUUUAUUUGAUUUGUAAAAAGUUGUUCAGAUUCCAGAGGGGAGUGACUGAGUAAUGUAAUGUACUGAUAUCUUUUCAUUUAUGAAAGGGAGAAAAAUUCUGUGGAGGAGGCUCCACCUUGAGUAUGUGGGAUCAGAGAGCAGGGAAAAAGAAGAUGUCUCACUCCCUUUCUUUUUAAAGUCACUUUUUAUAAUAAUAAUAAUAAAAAUACAGAUCAGAGUUUUUGCAACCUCAGGAACUCCUUCAGAGAAAAUGUUGAUGCUCAAAAUUCAUUAUCAGAGUUGGGUCAUAUAUUUGGAUUUAGAGAAACUGCGUGAUGUGCUCAUACUCUACUUUUAUUGUUCAGCUUUUGUUUUCUACUAAACUACUAUUUGUAAAUGUAUUUUUAUUUAAAACGUCACAAUUUAAAGUCAACAAUUUCCC